AUGAAUCCUAUUACAAUUUUGUCUCGAGUAACUCGUCCGCUUUUAGGUCGCAAACAGAUACCACCUUCAUUUUCCUCUUACAUUAAUAAUUUUCGAUAUAACGCAGCUUAUCUUAGCUCUAGUGCUGUUCGUAAAAAAGUCAGUCACGUAAAUUCUUAUCCACCGGAACCUUCUCCAAACGAUGUUUUUUUACAAGGGAACGCGGCAAACUACAUUGAAGAGAUGUAUAGUUCCUGGCAAAAAGAUCCAAAAUCAGUUCAUUUAUCAUGGCAAGUUUACUUCAAAAAUAUACAAAAUGGUGUGAAUCCGAAAAUAGCAUAUCAGCCUCCACCAACAAUAGUUCCCUUGACCGGGCUGUCCACUUCCGUUGCUGCGGUAGCUUCAACUUCUAGCUCCUAUGAUGUAAAUGACCACAUGAAAGUUCAACUUUUGGUGAGAGCCUACCAAAUCCGCGGUCACCGUAUCGCAAAUUUAGAUCCAUUGGGUAUUUUGAACGCUGACCUGGAUUCAUCGAUACCAAAAGAACUUGAUCCAGGUCAUUAUGGCUUUACGGAGAGAGAUCUCGACAGGGAAUUUUCUUUAGGUCCAGGGAUUUUAUCAGGAUUUUCAGAAACCGGAGAAAAAAGCAUGAAACUUCGUGAAAUUAUCGAGCGUUGCAAACAAAUAUAUUGUGGAAAUAUUGGAUUCGAAUAUAUUCAUAUUCCAGAUAGAGUUCAGUGUGAUUGGAUUCGAUCACGAAUAGAAAUCCCGAAACCAUACAAUUACACGACAGAACAAAAAAGAAUGAUAUUGGAUCGUUUGAUAUGGUCCGAUUCAUUUGAGAGAUUCAUUUCCUCUAAAUACCCAAAUGAGAAAAGAUUUGGUUUGGAAGGAUGUGAAAGCUUAAUCCCGGGAAUGAAAGCAUUGAUCGAUAGAUCAGUUGAUCUUGACAUCGAAUCGAUUGUGAUUGGUAUGCCUCAUCGAGGUCGCCUGAAUGUACUUAGCAAUGUGGUCCGCAAACCAAAUGAAUCUAUAUUUUGCGAGUUCACUGGAUCAUUGGAACCCAGUGAUGAAGGUUCAGGUGAUGUCAAGUAUCAUUUGGGUAUGAAUUAUGAUCGACCAACUCCAUCUGGCAAGCGGGUUCAUCUCUCUUUAGCUGCUAAUCCGUCCCACUUGGAGGCAGUGGAUCCUGUUGUCCUAGGAAAAGUUCGGGCCCUUCAACAUUAUAUGAAAGAUGAAAAAGAACGCCAUCGUUCCAUGGGUAUGCUGAUACAUGGUGAUGCAGCUUUUGCAGCUCAAGGAGUUGUUUAUGAAACUAUUGGGCUUCAAGAUUUGCCAAAUUACACGACAGGUGGAACAGUUCAUUUGGUUGUCAACAAUCAAAUUGGUUUCACCACUGAUCCUCGAUUCGCUCGUUCGACUCCAUAUUGUACCGAUAUUGCGAAGGUGGUGAAUGCGCCCGUUUUUCACGUGAAUGGUGACGACGUGGAGGCUGUAACAUUCGUUUGCCAACUUGCAGCGGAAUGGCGACAGACCUUCGGUAAAGAUGUAGUUGUCGACAUCGUCUGCUAUCGUAAACAUGGUCACAAUGAAGUAGAUCAGCCUAGCUUUACCCAUCCAAGAAUGUACAAACAAAUCGCGAAGCAAACUAGUACACUUGAUAAGUACGUUCAAAAGCUUUUGAACGAAGGCACCUUUUCGAUAGAAGAAAUUCAAAAGCUUAAAGAGUGGGUAUGGGAUAUUCUGAAAGAAAGUUACGCGGCAAGCGGCGAUUAUAAGCCUACUAGCCGUGAAUGGCUUGCCAAUUCAUGGAAUGGCUUUAUGUCACCUAAAGAGCUUGCUGAGAAAACCACACCCGUGUAUCCAACUGGUUCAUCGAUAGAAUUAUUAAAACAUGUUGGAAAGGUUAUUAGUUCUUAUCCAAAGAAUUUCCAUGUUCAUUCAGGUAUUAAUAGAAUAUUAAACAGCCGAUCAAAGAGCAUUAAAGAAGGAAAGAAUAUUGAUUGGUCAACAGCCGAAAGUCUUGCCUUUGGUUCCUUGCUUGAUGAAGGAAAACAUGUUCGUUUGUCAGGUCAAGAUGUUGAGCGUGGUACGUUUUCGCAACGUCAUUCCGUCCUUCACGAUCAAGAAAACGAGUCACAGUAUGUCCCAUUGAAUGAUUUGAGGCCGGGACAAGCUCCUUAUACCGUUUGUAAUUCAUCGCUCUCUGAAUUUGGUGUUCUGGGAUUUGAAUUGGGUUAUUCCUUGGUUGAUCCUAGUUCCCUAGUAUUAUGGGAGGCGCAAUUCGGUGAUUUUUCCAACAAUGCUCAAUGUAUUAUUGACCAAUUUAUCUCUUCGGGCGAAAAGAAGUGGCUUCAACGAACAGGAUUGGUGAUGUUACUCCCCCAUGGUUACGAUGGACAAGGUCCUGAGCAUUCUAGCGGACGCAUUGAACGUUUUCUUCAGCUUUGCGAUGAUCAUCCUUACAUCUAUCCAUCACCAGAAAAGAUGUCACGUCAACAUCAAGAUUGCAAUAUGCAAGUAGUCUAUUGUACUACACCAGCUAAUUAUUUCCACGUUUUGAGAAGGCAGAUUCAUCGCGACUUUAGAAAACCGCUUAUCGUUUUUACAUCAAAGAGUCUUCUUCGACAUCCGAUGGCUCGUUCAACACUCGAAGAAAUGACCGGUGAUACCAUUUUCCAACGGUAUAUACCAGAUCCUCACCCGGAGACACUUGCCUCGCCGGAGAAGAUCAGUCGACACGUUUUAUGUUCCGGGCAAGUCUACUAUGCUCUAUUGAAAGCCCGUGAUCAAAAUAAAAUGGACCAUGUCGCCAUUUCUAGGCUUGAACAAUUGAGUCCGUUUCCAUAUGACUUGCUAUCACAGCAUAUUGAUAAAUACCCUAAUGCACAAUUGAUUUGGGCACAAGAAGAACCGUUAAAUUCAGGGGCGUGGUCAUAUGUGGCUCCUCGAAUACGAACGCUCAUGAAUCAAUCGAAACGUCACGAAGGUAAGGCCGCUAUACCUUCUACUCGUCCACCAUCAGCUUCUCCUGCAACUGGUAACAAAAAACAACAUAUCCAAGAAGAACACAAUUUGAUAUCACGUGCAUUAAUUGGCCAAGUGAUGAAGCCUAAAGAAGUUAUCUCUGGCGUACCAGUUUGGGAAUAA